AUGAAAACGUUUAUAAUCUUCAUCAUAAUAGAGAUCUUGUGUGAAGCUAAGGAGAUGUUUAUUAAUAGAAAUGAAUUAAACACAAUUGAUACAUUCCAAGGAUUUGGUGUUGUUUUGGAUGCUAAUAUUACAAAUCAAUCAUCAAAUGCUCACCUCUGUUAAAUAGUCAAACAAAAACUUACUAACUUGAUGUAGACUGAAAUAAAAUUGACGCCGUUUGUUGAUGAAGAAGUUUUCAGCCUAUUCUAUUUAAAUGGUUCUUUGAAAGUAGAAACUAAUCAUUACUAUAUUGUAUCAAUGGUUCCAUUUCAAAAAGGGGCUGUAAUCUUAUUUAGUGAUGGGCGUCUUAUAUAUAUACAUGAAAUCAACGGAAAUAUUAUCAAAAUGGAAUCUAACGAAAAGAUAUAAAUACACCCAAGUUAAUUAAUAGAUCCUAUUCAUAUGUUCUAUUUCUCAACAAUUCAGAAAAUUGUCAUUAUACUUCAAAAGAUAUUUAUAUAUGUGUAGAUAAAUCAGAAUGAAACCAAUAUAUUUGGUAUAUAUACGAAUUAAACUGAUAAUAAAACCUUAACUACCUAAAAUAUAGAGUUUGUUGAUGAAUAUUUAUUCAUAUUGGAAUAGAAAGAAUUCAUCAUCUACGCUUGUAAUUCAGAAGGUUUAUACCAAAUUUUUAGUAAAAAAUUAGAAAUGAACUUUAUUGACAUGAAGGUUCAGCAAUAAAAUGACGUUUAUCACAUCUUCUUUUUGCAUUUAUUAUCUGGUGUAGAAAUCUGUGUUUAUGACCCUAUUUUAUUCAAAUUCCAAGAAAUCUCAUCCUAUGAUAUGAUACCAAUAAAAGGAUUUUUAAUUGGAUUGUAUGAACAGAUAUUAAUGAUUGUUGAUGAAGAUCAAAGCGAAUCUAUUAUUUAUGAAUUACAUCCUAUAAAUUAAACUAAUAAAUGGAUGAUUUUUAAUAAAUAUAAGGUAAAAAACAUUAUUUAUGAUAUCCAAUUUACAGAUAAUUAUGCACUCUUACUUGGAAAGAACCGCCAUGACAUUCUUUAUCACUCUCUACCAACUGUAGAUAAUUAAAUACACAAUCAAAUCAUAAUUCCUGCACUAUAACAAAUCCAUCUCAUCGAUUAAACAGAACCUUACGAUAAUAAAUUCAUAGGUAUUACAAAGCACACUUAUUUCGUUACCAAUUUUAGUACAGCUCCUCAAAGGAUUGAUUGCCAAUACUAAGAAGACUCAGGCCCAAUUUAAUUCUCCUACUAUUAAAAUUCUACUCAAUGUACUAAAUUGCCUUAAAAACAAGAAGGUCAACUAUGCCUUUACAUCUCAAAUUACACAAUUUAUUAUAAAUAUCCUAUCCUUACUACAGAACAUUACAUAUAUAUAUAAAUAGUUGGGUUCUUGUUUGCUUUAGUGUGUGCUAUUUUAAUAGUAUUUUUCUUCAAUAAAUAUUUUGAAUAUACCGAAUUAAUGAUAGGAAAAUAAAAUAUUGAUUAGUAACAUUUGAUAGAUAAUCCGGGAGGGAGUAACUUUAAUAGUGUUAUUACUUCUCCUUAAAAUGUGAAUUCAAAUUCUAGUAAAAAAAAAGGAUUUUCAUCAAAUCUAAAAUCUCCAUCUAAUUUACAAUCCUGUGAUGUUACUAUAAGCCAAAAUAAAGUAGAAGAGUAAUAAAGUUUUGCGUAAUGA